AUGGAAAUUAAACUGUGUGCAUUCAUUGCAGAGCACAACCUGCCACUUUCUCUCGCAGAUGAUGUAGUGAAAUUUAUUCGAUCGCUCUUUCCGCUUAACCAGACUUUAAGAAAUGUAAUGCUUGGUAAACAAAAAGCGACCAACGUUGUCCGACAAGUUCUCGGUUUCGACUAUUUACAUGAAGCAAUUUCAGCGUUGCGAUCCCAUAGUUACAGCUUGAUAAUCGACGAAACAACGGACUUGAGCACCGCAAAACAACUUGCUGUAUUAACCACUUACUUUGACAUGCAAAGUUUUGAGUACAAGUCGUUUUUGCUUGACAUGCCAGAAAUUGUAGAUGGAACGGCCGAAGGAAUUUAUUCGGCUGUAAAGCACGUGUUUGCCGAACUGCACAUUCCUAUGGAAAAAAUGAUUGGCUACUCAUCCGAUACGACCAAUGUUAUGUUUGGAGAAUUCAACUCCGUCUCUCAGCUCUUAAUGUCAGAGUACCCAAACGUUUAUUCUGUUAAAUGUUCAUGCCACUUAAUUCAUUUGGUAUCGUCUUAUGCCGCUCUGAAAUUGCCAAAAGGAUUAGAAGAUUUGGUUCGCGACAUAUAUAACCACUUUCAUCGCUCAUCCAAGAGACAAGAAGUCUACCAGCAGUUCCAGAAAUUCUAUGACGCAGAGCCCCGUAAACUGCUCUCGCCCGGGCAAACUCGCUGGCUUUCAUUAGAAGCGUGGGUGAACCGCAUUUUAGAGCAGUACCUGGCCUUGGAGCAUUACUUUGUUCUUGUUGCAAAUGAAGACCCAACACACUCGAACGAUCGUAUUCUCAAGUCGCUUCAAAAUAAGUUCACCCUCGCCUACCCUGAAUUCCUUAGCCACCAGAUUCAACGUUUAAUGCUUUCAAUCGUCUCUUUCAAAGCGAAAGGCCCCUUUUACACAACCUCAGAGAAGAAGUUGAAGGGCUAA